UUCAAACAGAAAAAAACUACAAAACAUUAACUGAAUGCACUUCCACGUCCAAUGUUGUGAUGCUUUCUGUUAUGAGCUGCGGAACUCCCGCGAGAUGACCGAACAAACUACUACUUCCGGUACCUUGAGCAUUGAGCAGGAGUUUCAGAAGACUAGCAAGUUGGCUCUGAUGGGAGCACAUGUGGAGGAGGACUCUGUGCUGCUGCAGAUACUGAAGAGAGUGUCAGUUCUUCACCACAGUGCCACUGCCUGGUGGAUCGCUGAACUGCCUUAGAAUCACACAACAUUUUUGUCAGGAACAUGGAGAAGAUGUCACGGGUCACCACAGCACUCAGCAGCAAUGCCAUCAGUGGCCGAACUAUGUUCUGCCACUUGGACGCUCCUGCCAAUGCCAUCAGUGUGUGUCGUGAUGCCACGCAGGUAGUGGUAGCUGGUCGCAACAUCUUCAAGAUAUAUGCACUGGAGGAGGAGCAGUUUGUGGAGAAGCUUAAUCUCCGCGUCGGUCGCAAACCCUCGCUCAACUUUAGCUGUGCGGAUGUCAUGUGGCACCAGAUGGAGGAGAAUCUGCUGGCUACAGCAGCCACCAAUGGGGCGGUGGUCACCUGGAACCUGGGAAAACCCUCUCGUAACAAGCAGGACCAGCUGUUCACUGAGCACAAGCGCACUGUCAACAAGGUGUGCUUCCACCCCACAGAGGUUUACAUGCUGCUAAGUGGCUCCCAGGAUGGCUUCAUGAAGUGCUUCGACCUGCGCAAAAAAGAGUCUGUCAGCACUUUCUCAGGUCAGUCAGAAAGUGUAAGGGACGUCCAGUUCAGCAUGAAGGAUUAUUUCACAUUUGCCGCCUCGUUUGAGAAUGGCAACGUCCAGCUGUGGGACAUCCGGCGGCCGGACCGUUACGAGCGAAUGUUCACUGCCCACACCGGUCCUGUGUUCUGCUGCGACUGGCAUCCUGAUGACAGGGGGUGGCUGGCCACAGGAGGCAGGGACAAGAUGGUGAAGGUGUGGGACAUGACCACUAACCGGCCCAAGGAGAUCUACUGUGUCCAGACAAUUGCCUCAGUGGCACGGAUCAAGUGGCGACCGGAGAGGAAAUUUCAUUUGGCCACUUGUUCCAUGAUGGUAGACCACAACAUCUAUGUAUGGGACGUCCGCAGACCUUUCAUUCCUUUUGCCACCUUUGAGGAACACAAGGAUGUGACCACUGGUAUUGUGUGGCGCCACCAGCACGACCCACAUUUUCUGCUUUCUGGCUCCAAGGACAGCACACUCUACCAACAUAUGUUCAAGGAUGCUACUCGGCCCGUCGACAAGGCCAACCCUGAGGGUCUGUGCUUUGGCCUCUUGGGUGACUUGGCCUUUGCAGCCAAAGAGAGUCUGAUCAGCAGUGACGUCAACAGAAAGCCUUACCCUGGAGGUGACCGUCGUUACCCCAUCUUUUUCUUCAAGAAGCCUGACCCGACAGAACAGUUUGCCCAUGUAUCCAGUGCUCUCAGCGUCUUUGAGACAGACUUGAACAGUAACCACAUGGACUGGUUUGUCAAGACAGCACAGCUCUACCUCCUCAGCGGGAAGCCGUUCGCUGAGCUGUGUGAUCACAAUGCCAAGGUGGCCCAGGAGCUCAAACGACCUCAGGUUUCCACAACAUGGACCAUGCUGAGAAUCAUGUUCUCUGACCCAGCAAACCUCACAGCAACUGGUCCAAACCACAACCUCAGUAGUAAACUGGGCACAUUGCCUUUAAUGAACAGUUUCAGUAUGAAGGAAAUGGGAACAGAGAGCAGACUGGAGCGUAGUAAAGGCGAGAGCAGGCCGGACAACACCCACCUGGAGCCUGGGACCUCACACAUCAGCAAUAAUAAUGAAGAAAAUGAGGAGACUGAAGGCAGUGAGGGUCAGGCUGAGUACAUGUUCGGUGACGCCGAGCUAGAUGAUGAUGAACUCUAUUCUAUGGAGCAUGACAACCAAACAGAGCAGGAGUACACGCUGCCCCAGGAGGCCUUCCAGCUGCGCCACGAGAUCAUGGAUAAACCAUCUGCUCCAGAGCACCUUCCGCAGGACCAGGCCGAAUCGCACGAGGCAGAAGUCACUUGUCUGACACCCAUUGAGUCCUUUUCUCUCAUCUCCAUUUCCCAACCACUGUACAGCCCCCACCUGCCCGGGAGCUUUUUCUGUCCCAUUGCGCGGGAGAUGCUGAGCUACUACGCAGAGCAGGGCGAUGUGCAGAUGGCUGUGUCUGUGCUUAUCGUCCUGGGGGAACGGAUUCGUAAAGAGAUCGAUGACCUCACUCAGGAGCACUGGUACAUGUCCUACAUAGACCUACUGCAGCGAUUCGAGUUGUGGAACGUGUCCAAUGAGGUCAUCAAGCUGAGUACGUGCAGCGCCAUCACCUGCCUGAACCAGGCGUCCACAACACUCCACAUCAACUGCAGCAACUGCAAGCGGCCAAUGAGCAACAAGGGAUGGAUAUGUGACAGGUGCCACCAGUGUGCCAGUGUAUGUGCAGUGUGCCACCAUGUGGUGAAGGGACUGUUUGUCUGGUGUCAGGGAUGCAGCCAUGGGGGACAUUUGGAGCACAUUAUGAACUGGCUCAAGAGCAGCGCGCACUGCCCGGCCGGCUGCGGUCACCUGUGUGAGUACACCUGAACCCAUCACAACCACUGCUCACCCUCCUGGUCCUCUGUGGAAGCGCAAAUCAGAUCUCAUCACAGACAAACGAGAUGUCUGCAUCCCUCCACACGGGCCCAGUCAGAUUAGUUGAAGGUUGGAUCUACUGAACCUGAAGGACAAAAAGGUUUCUAUGUGCUGUCCUGCACAGCCAGCCAUGAGCAAACACAAUCACAUUUAAGUUUGUAUUUGAAUUGGUUUUUGAACCAUUGGUGAAUUUGUAUUUAAGCAGAUGUUACAAUAGAUAUUAAAAACGUUAACAAUAUUUUGGUGAACUCACAUUUGCUACAUUUUACAGUUUUUAAACCUCCAUAAAACCCUGAAGGCUGCAGUGACAUGUUAAUGUGCAUUAUGUUUAAAACUUGCAGUAUUUUGAAGAACUGUAGAUAAAGUUGAAUUUAUUUGAGAAAUAGCAAUACAUUAAAGCAAUACAUAAAUUAAUAGAGCUGUCCUGUACAUUCACCAGAGAAAUCCUCUCUCCCUUGCAGUGUUCACGUCAUUCGCGCGUAUACUGAAUGUGACUGUAUCCAGGUUACUUGAAUUUGCACCGAGCAUCACAUUCUAAAAGUGUAUCUUCGUGAGAGCAAAGAAGUGCAGUUGUUUUUUCCCCAACCACACUUUUCUCUUGUGGACCCAGAAGUGUUUCGACAAAUGUCAGCCCGCCAACAUCUGUAACUUCUAGUCUAGCAGCUGGACAGUGUGCGCUGCUUAGAGUAACAUUUGCUUUCUAGUCAUAAUCUGUCAUUCUCACCACCGGUGCAAUACACAACAGAUUAAGCGCAGAAGGCCACAAACGCCUUAUGUCCAGAUAAACCUCAACAGAACAGCUUCGUUGUGGGUGAAGUGCUUGUUGUUAUAAGAGGAAUCUGUUACUGUAUAGCCUGAUGGUGACUACAUGGAUGAUUUUACAACUGAGUUGACAGUUUCAUGGGCAGAGUUUCAUGAGAUGAGUGACAAUCAGUCUCUUAACACAUUAAUUUGGGCACAUAUACAGAUUGGAUGCUGCUCAGCAUCACAAGUGUUAGUCUUCCACUCGUGUUAGAUUUUAAAUGUGUAAAUCAGCCGCAGAGUGUCACUACAGAUUGGCAGUCCUCUGCUUACUUAGCUUCUGUACUGAAAACUACUUAGUUUUAGUGAUUUUAUAAGCAUUCUGGUCAGAACAGUUGAUUUACAAACUGGGAGGAGUCUGUGCUCAUUUAAAAACCUGCAUGCCAGAGCCUGCUGUAUUUGGAUCAGCUGCUAAAGCCAACGGAUAUAUUGUGCCAAGGUUGUUACUGAGCAGCACCUGUCAUCACAUCGAUUUACCGCCAAGGCCCUGGGCACAUCAGAGUAUUUUCAAAUCCACUCCACAUGAGGAGGGGAAUCCCUGACCCCCAAGGCUCAGUCUGCACAGAACUGUCUUAUAGUAUUAGCAGACCUGAUAUUGAUCUGAGCCACCUGAUUAGCUCUAACAUCUGGACAGGCCCUGUUGUGUCUGGAAAUCACAUUUAUUAAGUCAAAGUAACUGUGACUUAAUGUGUUAUACACCGAUCAGGCACAACAUUAUGACCACCAGUACAUAUAAAUUCUGUUCUUG